AUGACGUCAUCGAUCGGUCCAUCUAUAGGAUCUGACGUGCUUUCACUUUGUAGCAGUAUGGAUUCGUCGGCUGUUGUGCUUUCACCGAUAGCACAUGCAUCGAGUGUGGAGAUAAUUCAGUGUGCUGACUGUAGUGCUGACGAUCCUCAAUGGGCCUCAAUUAAUCGCGGUGUCCUAAUAUGCAACGAUUGUUGUUCUGUACACAGAAAUUUGGGGCGGCAAUACUCACAAGUACGUUCAUUGAACCGAGGGAUGUGGGAUACACCACAGCUGGAACUCGUCAAACUACUACACAAAACUGGUUCUAACCGUGUAUGGGAGCACGCAAUGCUUGAUCCAGCUUCUUCCUCGAAAUUCAAAAGGAAACCAUUACCUCAUGAUCCAGUACUACCUACGAAGGAAGCCUUCAUCAAAGCAAAGUACGUUGACCAUGCUUUUAUCCGAAGGCCCAGUAAGGAUGACGAGCCAUGGAGCUUGGACGACGUCAACAAACAAUUAUGGUCGUGUGUUCGUACAGCGCAUGUGGACACGACAUUAAGGCUCUUAGCAAUGGGAGCCGAUGUCAAUUACGUGGACACUGAAAAAGGGAAUAGUCCGCUUCAUGUUGCAGCGAAGGAAGGGCAGGCAAUGCAGGUCGAGCUCCUGUACAUCUAUGGUGCGGAUCCUUUGCUGAGUAACGCUGCUGAUCUUACUCCGGCACAGCUUGCUCGACAGGACGGUUUUGUCGACCUCGCUAAUCGCCUCGAUGAGCUGUCGUUUGAUUUGACUAACAGGCUGUCGCUGUUCCUUUGCGGUCGAAAGCCAGAUCACCAACAUCAGCAGCACUUCCUCAUUCCUGAACUUACUGCCAAAAAUACCGUUGAAACAUUGCGAUCCGUUCGGUUGAAGAUCCAGGCUCUACCUGACUGUGCCUUUGAGAAACUGUUGCAAGACGUUUAUGAUGAGGUUGAUCGACGGGAAACUCAGGCAGCCUGGAUGGCUAUGAAUCAAGGCAAGAUAACGUCGGGUAAUGAACAAUGUGUGGCUGUUUUUCUUCCGUUGAAUACCUCAUUUUCUGCCACAAGAAACCAGCUCAGGCAGAAACUUGCAAAAUACGACGUUAGAGAGUUUGCUACUCUCAUCAUAGACGUACUGAAGGAGGCAAAACGACGUUAUUUCGGUCUACCUCCCGAACUUUCACAGGACAACUUGGACACCUCCACUAAUCUUCACAACAUAUCUAGGAGGUCAUCUGGGAACAAAACCCGGUCGACCUCCUCGAUAGAUGCUGCGAUCGAUGGGCGUGUAUCCAUAGACGAUGUACUGGAGUUGAAAGAACGAAUGACAGAGAAUGAAACCAAGCUGACUUCUAUUUGCCACACCAAUACGCAAAUAAUGAAGCAAAUUGUUCGUCUUUCCGAGCAAGCGGCCCUAUUGAGGCGAUUACCGUCCCCAGCCACCGUUCCUCAUGUGACGGCAAAUCAUAUUGUUGAGCGUGCACAUUCGGUGGGAGUUGACCGCAGUGAUCGGAUUGGGCGUCCACCGAUAGAAGCUGAGUCAAGAAUAGCCAAACGUCACGGAAGUAUGAGUGGUGCAACCCCUGGUUAUUCUCGUAUGGUGCCAAGCGGAAGAAAGAGCGCCGAGAACCACAGGGACCGCGACGAACCUCGUGAUAGCUCACGAGAAAAGCUACGAUCUCGCGAGAACCGGGACCGCAACCUAGAUUCAACAGAUUAUGCCUCAAUAACGCCUGCUCCGCAGGUCGUUGCUUCUAAAGUGCAGGAAGCGUUUAGCGAGCCGAUGUUUCCUGAUAAUCUCAUACGCGAGACGGAAAAUCUCACCGUGGCAAUUCGAUCACUUCUCACAGAUGCUCAACACAAACAGUUACACGGGCGUUCUAGUGACCACGCCCAUAAAAUAGCCUCACUCAUCAACCAUAUAAUAUGUUUGAUUCCACGAGAGCAACGAAUUGGAAAAACCGAACAAGCUGUAACUGGUCUCAUGGAUGCAACUAUGGUUUUGAGUGCAAAAUGUAACGCUCCAAUACUGGACGCUGAAGACGCCUGCCAUGCAGCGUACAGUGUCGCACAGUCAGCUAAGAUGCUACUGAUGGCUGUUCAUCAUUGA